UGUUCAUGUAAAAUAACAACCUGUAAAAAUCAUCUCAAUUAUAAUUUACCGAAAAUAUCAAAUUUGAAUCAAAAUUUUCAGUCAGAUAAGGUAGUACUGCCGUAUUUGCAUAAAAUGAUGGAGGAAGCUUAUAGAAAUGUUCUAUUAUGCUACAUGGAAAGACAAUACGUAACAAAAACUGCAAUAUCUGAAAUAGAUCCGUCUAACAAAACUUGGUUUUUACCAAAGAAAAAUGUUUAUGUUGGCAUAGAUGUAAUGAAUGAAAUUUCUAAGCCCAUUAUUUCAGAAAUGCCUACUGAGGCAUUUCUAAUAACAUUUCUAAUAACUGUAUUAGAAAUGUUUUUUGAAAGAUGCCAGCUUUUCUACUCAUGUCUCUGUGUAGAAAUUAGAAAACGGUAUGAUUUCGACAAUUUUAUUUUGCCAAAAUUGCAGAUAUUUGUGCCUAAAAAUGCAGUUUCUUCAGAUAUACACCAGCAGUUCCCAUCAUUAGCUCAUUUGCUCCAAAAUAUGACACGUUUUUAUGACAGUAGUGAAGGUCAACUAAUCGAUGAACAGUGGAGGUUGCUGCCAGAUUACCGUUUUACUGCUGAUGAAGAAAAAAAAAUAGACAUCAACGAGGACAUUGACAUAUUCUGGGGAAAACUCCAAAAAUAUACAAAUGAAAUGGGUGUAUUUGAAUUCCAGAAAUUGUCACAGUUCGUACUGAAUAUAUUAUCCCUUCCACACUCAAAUGCUGAAUGCGAAAGAGUCUUCAGUAAAAUAAACUUGGUUAAAACAAAAUCAAGAAAUAAGUUAAUAACUAAUACAAUCAAUGGUUGUUUAUUAACGUCUCAGUGUGUGAAAAAAGAUGGUAACUGCGUAGAUUUUACACCUACUCAGAAUAUUUCUAGUAUCGAAGUUGAUGAAGAUGAAUUUGUCAUAGACGGUUAAAAUAUAAAUUUUUGAAAAGAGGACACAUGAAUGCAAAUCAUAUUUGUAAGUCUAGUUACUUGAAGUUGUUGAAUGAAAUUAUCAAUUCAAAUUAGUGUUAAAUGCAAUAAGAUGAAAUUGUUUUUCUUUUUUCUAGAUGUUACAAUGGAAUCAGAAGGUUUUACAGAAGCAAGUAGCAGUUCGGCCACCCCCAAACGUAGUAGUAGUAAGCUGAGCCCCUUAACCAACCAGAGAAUUGAAAGAAUGAAGGCUAAAAUCAAUUCUUUGAAGUGCAAAAUAUUUAGGCGUAAAGUUCCCAACUGUUUUUGCAAAGGAAGACCCAUCGAGGCUACCAAUAGAACAAAUAUCUCAAGAUUGAUAUGUGAAUCAAAACGAUACCUUUCCAAAGAUGCUCAUAUUAUUUUUGCUAAUGAGUUGAAAGCAAACUUUGUUAAUAAAUUCAACAGAAGAUAUGAUGAUGACUUGAAAGAAAUGUGCUUGUUAAGUGAAUACAAAAAAUCAAAAACUAAGAAAUCUAUGCAAUGAAUAAUGAUUCACAUUUAAGAUUACUUAUAUAUUACUUAUUUUUAUGUAUAUAUUCUUCUGUACAUUUUAUUAUGUUUAUUCAAUUGAAUUAAAAAUUCCACUAAUUUGACAAAGCAUUUUUUCUUUCUCUCCCUAAUCUUUGAUUUAGGGCUUAGUUAAAUUUUGACAAGUUUAAAUUACAAUUUGUAGGUUAGGUAUGGCCAUAGAAUAGAAAGAAUUGUUUAUCUCUUUCUCUAUGUACUUCUGUGGUUCUGUGUACGGUAAAAGUGUCCCAAAUACGGUAAUUU